AUGAAGCCUCCAGGCAUUACAGAGGAGCAGAUUAAACUCAGGGCAUUUCCUUUCUCCCUUAAGGACGCAGCAAAGGAUUGGUUAUACUACCUACCUGCAGGUACUAUCACCACAUGGGCCCAGGUUAAGAAGAAAUUUUUUAAAAAAUUCUUUCCUGUAUCCCGGGGUGCAAGUCUAAGAAAAGAGAUAUGCAGUAUUAAGCAGUAUCCUGGAGAAUCUCUAUAUGAUUACUGGGAAAGGUUCAAUAAGUUAUGCACUAGAUGCCCACAGUAUCAAAUUAGUGAACAAUUAUUGAUCCAAUACUUCUACGAGGGACUCCAACCGUCAGACAGGAGUAUCAUAGAUGCUGCGAGCGGGGAAGCACUGGCAAAUAAAAUCCCGAGAGAAGCAUGGCUGUUCAUUGAGUCGAUGGCAAAGAAUUCUCAACAGUUUGGCUUCCGUGAGAGUAACCCUACCCGUAGGGUCAAUGAAGUAGAGACGUCGUCCAUUCAGCAGCAGAUAUCGGAGCUGACAUCUUUCGUUCGACAAUUAGCUGUGGGAAACAUGCAUCAAGCAAAGGCUUGUGGAAUUUGCAUAAAUGUGGGCCACCCCACUGACUCGUGCCCUUUGUUGCAAGAGGAUGGGGCUGAACAAGUGAACAUGGCUGGAGGCGUGCCGGUGCCUCGAAGACCGUACGACCCAUACUCCAGCACAUACAAUCCAGGUUGGCGAGACCACCCCAAUUUUAGUUAUGGUAACAAGCCACAUAAUUCAUUUUUUAAUUGUCCACCAGGAUUCCAACAACCGUGGCAACCAAAGGCUCAACCCUCGUCCUCUAGCUCAGGAAAUUCUUUGGAGGAAAUUGUCAAGAGUUUGGCAACAACCACCACUCAGCUCCAGCAAGAGACUAGGACCUUAGUCACGACCACUGCUCAACUCUAG